AUGAAAAUUCCUUCACCGCCUCAUCUACUGCUCCUUUGUACCCUCUGCUCCCACCACCCACUAUCUCAAUUUACGUCUCCUCCACCGAUUCCAUCAAUAUCGGCAGGUGGUAGAAGGGGUUUUUUUAUGUCGAUUGUUUUUUGGUUCUGUUAUCAGUCGUUGCUUCAGGUGUUCUUCAGCCGUCUCUUCCCGAUCCUUCCAAGUCGGAGGCAAGGAACCGUUUCUUAUCUCUACACUUUCUCCAACGCCACGAUCUUUAUGUCUCCUCCGCUUGAUCUACUUCUCGCUACCUUUGUCUUCCAACCGAAGACCUCAGGAACGGUUUCGACACCGUUUUCUUCAUGCAAUUUGGGGACAUCAGGAAGAUUUGGAUUGCAAGAAAUAAGAAGGUAUGGGGGGAGAAAUUGGGCAGAAAUCUAUGACAGAUUCAAUUUCAUAUUCCAGAACAAAAGUCGAAUGGUUAUUUUUGAAGGAUUUCAAGAAGAAACAUAGAAGCAGCAAGCUAGAGAAGCCAAUUUCAGGAAGAGGGAAGAGGUUUUAAAACCUACACACCAGAUUUGAUAUCCAAGAAUAUUCUUGAAAUGUGUUCCAUCUUGCUGGAGUUGAUAGAUGAUGUGUCUUCUGUUAAGUGCAAUUUCAUAAGCGAUUCCAUGGUGUAUUUUGACCUUAUUUAUGAUGAUUGUUCAUUCAUCAAAGCGCAUAAGCAUAUUAUGAUUAUUGUAUUAAAGGAGGUGUAUUGACUAGCUUACCAUCUCAUGCUAUAAGUGGGUAUAUUUUAUUAUGCCAUCAAAUCUAGGUUUUUGGAAUGUUCACAUUUUAAAGUUGGUUGCU